AUGGCGCCCAGGUUACGUCGGGUGUCAUCUUUCUUUUCCGGGUUCUGCGCUUCGUCACCGUGACGCAGGUACGUUCACCAUACCAUCAGUUGGCGUGGGAUAACAAUAAACAACCCUGAAACAAGAGAUACGCAACAACGGGACCUGUCGCUCCGAUUCGACACAAACACACCAAAAAUACGAGUCGAGACAGAGGCAGACAGUAGGAGUAACGUGUCGUUAAGUCGCAGGGGAUUCUCGUAGAUCCUGCCACAAAGGAUUUCCGAGUUGUUGUGUCAAGCCGUGAGGAGAGUUACGAGCUACCCCUUCCUUAGCCCCCUGCAGCUAGCUGUGGCUCAUUCCUUGUUUUUGCUCACUUUGUGUUAGUCUGUUAUGCAGUUGCCAGAGGACUGUACUCGCACUGGUUCUCCUCCGCCACCUCUUUGCUCCCUUUCCCCGCUCUCUCUGGCCCUAUGUCUCGCUGGCUUUUCCCCUGGUCAGGCUCGAUCAAGAAGCGGGCCUGUCGGUACCUCUUACAGCACUACCUCGGCCACUUUCUGCAGGAAAGACUGAGCUUGGACCAGCUGGGUUUGGACCUGUACAACGGCAGCGGUGUCAUCAAGGAAAUCAACCUCGAUGUCUGGGCGGUCAAUGAGCUUUUGGAGUCUCUUGGGGCUCCUCUGGAGAUAGUGGAUGGCUUUGUGAACACCAUAACAGUGACCAUACCCUGGCAAGCUCUCCUGACUGAUCACUGCACUUUAGAGGUUUCUGGUCUCCAGAUAACGUGUCGACCCAAGUACAGGACCACAGGUGGGGGAUGGGACUCUCAAGGCUGGUCAUCAAGCAUGACCUCCAGCAUGCAGCUGGCUCAGGAGUGCCUGAAGGACCCCCCGGAGGCUUCAGAGGAGCCCCCACCCCAGCUGGAGGGGCUGGAGAUGUUUGCACAAACCAUUGAGACAGUCCUUCGUCGUAUUAAAGUCACCUUCAUAGACACUAUCGUUCGCAUCGAGCACCAGCCCCUGGACCUGGAAACAGGCGUGGCCUUAGAGAUGCACAUCAAACGGCUGGAGUACUUUGAUGAGGCCGUGCGAGAUCCAGCCAGUCAGACGACCGUGCCUGUGGACAUCCACCAGCCGCCCGCCUUCCUGCACAAGAUCCUCCAGCUGAGCGCCGUGCAGCUGUUCUACGACAGCACCGGCACAGUACAGGGUCCUCUUAAGCGGCAACACCCUGAAUCAGCAAUGGCAAGUGAAGGAGAGGAGGAGGUGGAGGAAGAAGAAGAAGAAGAGGAGGAGGAGGAAGAAGAGGAAAAAGAUGAAGAAGGAGUUGAUAAUGAGGAGGAAGAUGAAGAGAAGCCGAAGACCCUGAAAUCCACUCCCUGCCCUCCGUCUCAGCCGCUGCUCAUAGGAAGCUGUUCCGGUUUCAUCGAGACCACCGUCAAGAUCAAACAGAACGACAUGCUGCCUGGACCAAAGUUUGAGUUAGACGGCAAGGUGGGCUGUGUCCACAUGCUGCUGUCUCCAGAUCAAAUAACCCACCUGACAGACCUGCUGGCAGCCCUCUGCAUAGACACCGGGACAGACACUAAGUGUGAUGGAGCCCUCAGUCGGCCCUUGGACUCAGAUGACCUGCGUCUGAUUGAGGAGGACCUCAGUAAGCAGCUGGGCUCCAGUCCCAGAGACAGAGAGUGGGAAACUGAGCCCGACCUGGACCCCUACGUCACCUGCCAGGAGAAUGGAGAGAUGUUUUUCUCCAUGUUUCCUGCUGGAAUGAGCAGUAGCGUGACGUCUGUGCGCUCUGGCAGCGACUUCUCAGACAGCGAUAUGGAGUCCUCGACACACAGUCUGUCCAGCUUCACACAGCCGGCAUCACUGUCUGCACAGGGCAUGGGGAACGGUCCUAGGGGGCAUCCUGUAGCGAGCUGUCUGUCGAGUCUACCCCAGGCAAGCGGCCGGACCAGAGGACGCUCCCACAGCGGAGCGGAGCAGCUGAAGCCGGAUGCUCUGCUGCGUCUGACACUCGGUGGGCUCACCCUCACCCUGCUGCAGGAGGACCCGCCCUCUAAUCCUGACGAAGCCACUUCGUUGGCUCAGGUGUCUCGGGUGUUCUUCCGAGAGCUGGCCUUCUUUAAGGACAGCAUGUUCAGCGAGAGGGACUUCCACCAUCUGAGAGGCGGCUUCGCCAAGGCCUGCCCACAAUCCCAUCUCAGAGUGACAGGCGCAGCAGUGCAGGUUGCUUGUGAGAUGCGGAGUGGGUCACGCCACAACCGGGCCGUGACCUCUGACCUUUCCUUCAGCAGACUGGAACUGUUAGAGUGCCUCUGGGAUGACAGGAAGCCCCAAUACAGCGAGCUGCUUCAGUUCCAGAAAGCCGGUCUGUUCACAGUUGGAGCUGCAGCCAAACCAUGUGCCCAACUACACUACGGCCUCACUGAGAAACACAUGCGUAAAGGUAAACAGCGAGUGGUGCGGCGGGACAGUGUAGUGCGGGUGGAGCUGGCAGAGCUGAGCGCUGAGCUCGACCUGGACAUCCUCACUCGCCUGGGGAACCUGAGCAAGGCCUUCGCCCACUGUCCCACGGACACUGCUGCACCGGGACUCAUGCAGACCCAGAGCAGCGAGCUGUACUCCUCCUUCUCCCUCCUCUCCCCACACGCCAUCCUCAGGCUUCGUUUCCCCAUACCCGACCUGCGGCCCCUCCCUGAGCGUCGCCCUCCUACCCAGAGGGCAGUGCGGCAGGAGACUCUCGUGCUGGAGCUGACGGAGCUGGAGCUGAAGCACCAGGAGGCCCCGGACCUCCAGAGCGAGCAGCCUGUGGUCGGGGAUCCGUGGGCCCCCUGCCUCACACAGCUGCUGGAGGCCUCCUUCACUGACCUGCAUGGGUCAUACGAGGGCUGGGAGGGCGGCUCUUUCCCCUUUAUCAGAGUGAAGAAGAACCGCGACUCUUCACCGAGGAUAUCGGUGCGUGUGCGUGGAGGGGACCCUCAGGGCCCGGCAGCAGGUCUGGGGGGGAUGAACCUCAUCAGUGACCUGGGGGCCGCGUUCUUCGAAAGUCACUGUGAAAUUAACGACAAAACCAGCUCCCCGUUCUCCUCCAACCGCACCAUGUUUGAGACCGAGGAGAUGGUGAUUCCAGCCGACCCCGAGGAGAUGCGUCAGUUUCAGGCGCAGUGUGUCGCUCAGUGUCAGUGUGCAGUGGACAUCCACCUGCCGCUGGCCUACAUCCUCCUGCCCAGCAAACAGGCCUUCCAGAGCUUCUACAACAGGAUCAAUAAUGAUCUGUUGAUGUGGGAGCCGCCCCCCCCCUCCGCCAGCAGCCCCGAGCACAGCCGCCAGCACCACGAAGAGUUCCAGCUCUGCAAGUCGGCCUUUAGACUGGACUCUGAUUCAGACGAGGACGACCCUCAGUUCUUCUUGGCCAGUGAUUCAUCUGGAAAGACAAAAGCUCCCCGUCCCAACCACAACCUCAGCCUCCUCUCCCUCACUGUGAUCAUCAGCAAAGGGCGCCUGCAAACCAGAACAGACAAGAAGGAGGACCAGAGUCAUGGGGAAAUUGUGCUUGACCUGGAAGGGGGGAAGAUAUUCAGCGUGGCGCAGCACCAGAACGACCCCAAUCUCAAUUUCCUUUGUAUAGAGAGCCGACGAGUGGAGCUAUACCAUAAAGCAGUGGUGAAAGACACCCCCAUCCCACAGCGGUUGGAAAUACCCAAAUUCAAUCCCCCAAAGCACUUGGACCCUACCAUCUACCCCACAGAGGUGGGGGUGAGCAGUGUGAGCGGAAAGGAGGGGGAGUUACAGAUGUUGUCCACAGCCAUCAAAGUCACACUGGACCCACAGAGGGGUGUUAAGGAGUUCCUAGUUGCCCUUCGACUUCAAGGUGCCACCAUGAGACACUACAUGGCACCGACCAAUCACAGCUGGCAUGAGCAGCUGGUGGACUUUCUGGAUGUCAUUGAUGAUCCCAUUCUGGGAUACACAGCCCCCGCCGUCAUCACUGUCCUCCACACUCACCUCGCUACCUGUGCGGUCGACUACAGGUAAAUAAUGUGCCUCAGAUCCGUUGCAACUUCAUUAGAUUUUUAAA